AGCUAAAUAAAUGGAAAAUCAUCGACAGAAAAAGAAAUGUUUGUUUCCUGAGAAAAUACACCAACCCCCUUAAAAAAAAAAUACACCAACCCCAUACCAAGCAUCUCUAGAGAGAGAAGUUGGAGGGAGGGAGGGUGUUCACGCUUGUUCUGUUCCACACACAGAGAGAGAGAGAGAGAGAGAGAGAGAGAGAGAGAGAGAGAGAGAGAGAGAGAGGAAUUUUGGGACAGAUCGGAGCAAGAAUCGUGCGGAAAUGUGGUUCGAUCUGUACAAUGUUGUCUGCAUUUUGAUCUCCUGGGUUGGUGUUCUUCCGAUUUCCUAGAGGUAAUGGGGAGAGAGCCUAUCGACAUACACAUGGAUAAGAAGUCGAACAAAUUUGCAGCACAUUCGAAUAGUUCAUCUGAUGGAAAUAAAAUCCAUGUUUCUCCCAAUAAAUUGGAGAACAAUACUGAGGCUAAUGAUGCCAAUGAGAGGCAUGAAGUUCUUGGUGUUAAAAGAACAAAUCUUGAGGGAAGAAACGAUAAAUCUGGAUACCAGAAAUCUUCUGAUGAUAAGAACCGUACUGUACCAAAGCCAUUUGCUCUGGCAACUGAAAAGCGAGCUUCUGCCGUGCCACAUACUGCAGGAGUUGAUAACACUUCUUCAGGAAACUGUAACAUCUCGAACUCUCCCACUGCAUCAAGAGGUUCACAGCCCAAUUCUCCGAUCACGGCUAGGAAGUCAACAGGAUCCAAAAAGCAUCACGACGAAGAAGAUAGUUGGUCCGUUGCUUCCUCCUCAGCUACAUCCACGAAAACGGUUAAGCCCAAGAUUACGAUUGGAGUUGCUCCAACAUUUAGGAGUACUGCACGGUUGGAGAGACGGAAAGAGUUUUACCAAAAAUUAGAGGAAAAACACAAAGCACUCGAGGCAGAGAAAGAAGAGAACGAGCAAAGACUUAAGGAAGAACAAGAAGCAGCAAUUAAGCAGCUCCGAAAGGGCAUGGCUUACAAAGCUAACCCGGUACCGAGUUUCUACUAUGAGGGCCCUCCCCCAAAAGUCGAAUCAAAGAAGUUGCCACUGACUCGACCCAAGUCGCCGAACCUGAACCGGAGAAAGAGCUGCAGUGACGCAGUUAACUCACAGUGUCAAGGGGAGAAGGGGAAGCAUUGUGCUCGACACCGCCACAGUGUGGAUGGCUGCAAGGAAGAUUCCCGAGCCACCAACAGCCCGAGAUUCAUGGCUCGGGUGAGCAACAACAGCCCGAGGACUUCCAAGACCAGCGGGAAUCGCCGGGGAAAAUCUGUGAAGGGCUCUCCAAAGUCUGCUCCUGAGAAACUCACAGCAGCAGAGACAGUGACAGCUCGGACAGGCGAUGAAACAGGCCAGAAGAUCAUGGGAGAGACAGGUGAGAUGAAUGGGACCGCUUCUUCUGGUGUUGCUGUUCUGUGAUGAAAGGGAAUCAUGCAAGGCUUAGACUGUUUUGACUGACAUGGAGACUAAGAAGCAAGAAAGGGUGGCAAGAACAAGAUCUGAAGUGCCCCAAAAGAAAAUGAAAAAGAGAGGGGAAAAAAACAAAAACAAGAACAAGAUCUAAAAGUUUCCAUAAUUUUUGUGGGGCUUUUUUUUUUUUUUUUUUUUUUUGCAGAUGGAUUGAUCUGAAAGUGUUUGGGGAGAAACACAACUGCUCACUUCUUGUUUGGUUUCUUUUGUGUUCUACGGCUGAAAUGACUGCUUAGUUUGGUUUGAGAAUUGAUGCGAAAUUGUAUAUUAUCAAGGUUGUAUGAUAAAUAUAUUGUCGUCUUUGUAUUGUU